AUUGCUCAUGGAUAGCAGCGAAGAUCAGGUCUCCGGUGCGGAUUCGGAGCUGAAAUCAGGAAGGAAGUCAAAAGAUGAUUCUUCUGGGUUUGCUUGCUUCAUUAUCAUGGUAUUGAUUAUUGUCAUCAUCGUGCAAUUAUGGUUAUUUUCUCUUCUCUAUAUCCAGCUAAAAUAUCGAAAGGACGGAGAAAAGAAGACAGAUGAAAAGGAAAAUAUUUUUGUUCUUCCAAGUGAAUAUCGUCUGCCAAGAAAUGUGGUGCCAUCAUCUUAUGAGCUUGUUAUCAAAAUUUACCUGCCGUUCUAUGUGGAUUUUCCAAAGGAGAAAAAUUUGACAGUUGAUGGCGAAGUAAGAAUCAACAUGCUUGUUCGUGAAUCAACGAACGUCAUAGUCUUAAAUCAAGCAGGAAUUUCCAUCGAAAAGGAAAAGUGUAGUGUAUUCUCGCACGACAAUGCAUUUGUCGUAGAAAGGCUUGACUAUGACCAUACUCACGAGCGAGUGAGCUUUUACCUAAACGAUGUCUUGCCUUCUGGACAAACAGCCACACUAAAGAAAUGCUUGCUAAGACAGUCAGUGUUUGCGCAUGUUCAAUCACCCAAAUCUGCUCCUACCAUCUUAGAAAGAAUAGGUUGGCUUCGUUCUAUCCUUGUGGCUCAUUCUGACAGUACUUUUACCCUUUUCUACAAGAAUUGGCUCAAACUGCCUACGGAGCUUUGUCGAUCUGAUGUACAUGCUAUCAUGCUUAACUCACCACUUCCCAGCCCCAAAGCCCAAGGUUGGACUGUAUGGAUUAACGCAUUGGAUAAUUUUCAAAUGGUUGUCAUUGUGAUCAUGUGA